AUGUUAACCCGAUUUCUUAUAUUAGCCUGUUGUAAGUUCACGUUUUUUUUGUUUUUUAACUGAAAAAUUGGUUCAGAUGUGUACGUUCUCGGCGAAAGUUUGGCAAAGACGCCGGAAGAGACGGGCAACGAGAUUGAGCAGUUUUUGGAGGAAAACGCAAAGAAAGGUGAGGAUUUUCGAGGAAAUUUUGACCGUCUGGGGCUCAAGCUUUCUGCUUUAUAUAACAGUAUUUAAGGCGCCUAGGACACCAUAGAUCAGCGACCAAUUUGUUUUGCGUUGCCGCAAUUUUCUGCGUCAACGCAAUUCUGCCGUUCCGAGAAGCUUUUAGUCUUCAGUGUCGACGUAGUUUUCUGCGUUAACGUCAUCGGGCCGCUACUAGACAUCAUUUAACGCCUCAGGACAUCGCUUCAAGCACGCAAGUUGCAAAUUUCGAGUAAUUGCGCAUGUAACUUUCUCAAAUCUUCAUGAAAUAUAUCGUCUUGAAUUGCGAUGACUUUUUACGGCAGCCGUUCCCCGAAUCCUUACAGGGUAUUAAUACGAAAAUAGUUCAUUGACGCAAUUCCAGUGCCUUAGUCCCUUUUGACCUCUUACUUCAUCUUCUCUCCCCGGUUGACCAUGUUUCUUUCAUAACUUCAUAACACUUUUCAAAUCUCUGGGAGAAAUGUCAAGUACGUCGCCUAUUUGCAGAUAACGCAGUUCGGAAAGAGGGCGGAAAGAAGACGGACAAGUUUAUGGAGGAUUUGAUUGAAGUGCAGCGGACGUACCGAAAUUUGAAGCAGAAAUGGCAGCGGAUAAUGGAGGAAAAGGGCGAAGUGAUGCGUGUGACCAGGUGAGAAACACAAAAAGGAAGACGUUUCGCAACCCGAUUGCAAAGUGUCCGUGUGUACUAACACGACUAACCAUAGUCUCUUUUCAGUUCGACGUCUUCAACCACAACGACGACGACGACGACGUCAUCAUCCUUGGAAGUUCAAGAGAUCGAUGUGGACGUGUUCGAGUCGCCCGACAAGUUCCAGGAUAUUUCGGAGACAAAUUCCGCCUUCGAUGACUCUGAUUUCGUCGAUAUUUCCGCGACGAGUACGGAAAAGCCGUUGUCACAAUUGGACGAGAUUCAGAAGGCGAUCAAGGAGGCGUUCGCUCCAGAAUCUUCUGUGACGCUUUCCGAUAUUGUCGCUGCAACCACCGGCACCACUAAAAAGCGAAGUUUGGCGCUGGAGCAAAUGGACGGUUCGCCCACACACAUCCAACUUGCACAAACGACACCUUUGCCAGUGGCGCCAGCAGCGACAAAUCAAAAAUCGCUAUUAUCGACGUUUGGAAAUGAAGAGCAAGUGGAAGUGGAAGUUGGAGUCAAGCCGAGGAGGCCAUCGGUCAGGACCAGAGUGGCGACAGAGUGGCGGAGGAAGUUGACGGCGUCGGAGGAACAAGAAGAGGAGGAGGAUCAGGACCAAGAAGAUCCUUUCGAGACACCAACCAGUGCUUCAACUCCAGAGACCACUACGAUUCCUUCAACCACAAGUACCACAACUUCUGCCCCAACUUCCACUACCACCACUCUACCCCUUCACGUCCUUCCUCAAUCAACAUUCCACUCUCUGGGCUCCAAUCCCGACGCCCUCCCGGCUACGAACCUCUUCCGAUACCCGUCUCAAGUACAAAUUCCGUUCUAUGGAACGUCGAUGCCAAAACCUGAAGCCUCUGCUCGAAGGGUUGUGAGACCGACGACGCCGGAACCGCCAAGAACUGAAGAGGUGGAAGAAGCAGAAGAAGAGGAAGAAGUUGAAGUUCCGAUGGAUGAGAAUGAAGAUUCUGAAUCUGAAGUGGACUACGAUGUCUCCACGCCGACAGCUCUAGCAUUAUCAGCCACCACAACUACAGUAAUACCGAUCGAGAAGAACGAGGACUACGUGGAGGAGACGUUCAGUCGGGAGACCAAUUCUGGGCUUCAGACUUUUGUUCCGGGUCAGGAUGUCAAACCGCCGGGGACAGAACAAGUUCCCGCUUCUUUUGGAAUCGGAAAAGCUCCAGAAGAUUUUGGAUCCUUCGGAAGCCCUCCAGGUUUUCGAUCUGAUGCUCCAAAAGCACUUUCCGAGCCAACUUUCGACACUUCAGGGGCAUUUGGAAUUGGAAAAGCGUUAGAAGACUUUUUCGGAGGUCCUUCAGAAGGUCCUGGAGGCUUCGGAAGUCGUAAAGGAGCGAAAACUGCUCCAACACCUCCGGAAUCCAGCUCCUUUGAAAGCUUUGGAACCCCUCCGACUGGCUCCGAGCCUUCAAGCCCUUCAGAGCCCUCAACCUCAACUUUCGCAUCUUCUGGCAUCGGUAGAGCUCCACCAGGAUCUGCGUUUGGCACCAAGAACGCUCCGAGAAGUGCUCUGUUCCCAACUCUCGUCGAUCAAGUCGAAAACGUUUUCAAUGAGGACACCAGUGCUCUCGGCUCAUUCGGCUCGGCCGAAAUGGGAGUUACUCCGAAAGUGCUGGCCAAUUUGGAAGUGGAUCAACAUUUAGAGAUCCUGGACGACGCACCAAGAGCUCCUCCGAAGUCAUAUAAGAAUCUCGCACCGAUCGGAAUCUUUGACACAAAGCUGGCGGCGAUCAACGGGCGCGCCUACAAACCGCCCAUGUUUCCGUCGCCGAUGAGCUCGUUGGCGAUUCAGAUGGCGCCGCCGAAGAAUCCGUUCGUCCAGAGGACAACGGUGCCGCCCAUCGGUCCCCAUGGGCUCGCCGAACCGGAACGGAUCACCAGUGUCAAUAUGGAGUUGCCGGCGUGGGGCACCACGAAGUUAGUGUUGGUGGCUGGGACUAAUCUGGCGUUCAGUCUCAGGCCCACAGACGUUAUUCAACCCUUCAACUUUCAGAGACCGCGGAAUUAUGAACAAGGCGCGUCGGGAGUACCAGAAAGAGUUCGAGCAGCAAAUCCGCGAUGUGCGAAUGAUCGACGAGGAGAUCGCGAAGAUCUCCCAGAUGAACGACGACGGAAGAUCAAAAAGCGGACAGAGGUGUUCAAAAGUGUACGCCCACACUCUGGUAACUACAGUAAUGCUUCUUGAACAAUCUACUCUUUCCGAUUGCAGAGCCUUCCACAAAUCCAGAAAAUGUCCUCAUCUCUCGGCCUUUCCGACGUCGCCGCCGUUCUUCAGAAGGCCUCGGAUUUGAGCAGAAACAUUGAGGAGAUUGAGGUUUCUUUUGUGAAUUGGUGAAGCUUCACGACCUACAAAUGUUCAGAUUUCACGACUCGAAGUGGAGCUAGAGGAGAAGCGAAAACUGAUUGCCAAAGUGGAGAUCCUGCUCUCGCUGGCCGAAUCGCGUGCUCUUCUGUUCGAUUUGCUGAAAGAGCAGAAGAAAAUUGUGGAGAAGAUGGAGAAUCAGGCCCUGGACAUGCUUCAAAAGACGAAUCUGCCGCCGGUGACGCCGAGCUCUUUCUCGGCCGCCAACGACAUUUCCGAGCUCUCUUCUGCGGUCAAGCAAGUGCUCGGCUCCGUCAGCUCGACGGUUCCCAACCCGACCAAAGGAUGGUCCCAGAAGAGUCGGAAGAGCAACAAGAAGAAGGCGUUGCUCGCGGAGCCGAUGAUGAGUCCGCACAAAAAGACGGGACAUUUGCAGGAGACCGCCGAGAUUGUCGAGCCGGUUCUUCAGGCGCAAAACGACCAAUUCGGUCGGCAACCGGUUGUGAUGGUACAUCGGCGGCCGCUUCCGUUGGCUCCGCCCACCAUGUCUCCGUUGAGUUUCAAUUUUGGUGAGUUUUUGACUCAAAGUCAUUGCAAAAUGUGGGUCACCAUAUAAGAAAAAAGUAGAACUUGUACUUUUCACUUAGAAUAUUUAUUAACUGUAGUAGAAUUACUUGAAUAAGAAAUAAGACGAAUAAUGCAUACAAGGUAGCGGUAUAUAUAGUGGUUGUAUAUAAUAGGUGUCAGUCAGUGCCCGUGAAUCAUAACUAAUAUGUUAGAUUAAUAAUAGAACUGGCGUAUGAAUAAAUGACUAAUAUGUUAGAUUAAUUUGAAACGGUUCUUUUUCACCCUGAAGGGUGACAGACACUUCGCAACCAACAUUCACUAUUAGUAUCAGUUGCGAAACGUCUCCAAUUUCAGCCCAAAAAGCGCGAGCCGCCCAUCAUCUAACUGCUCAAACCCCGUUGGCUCCGCCUUUUUUCCGACCGCCGACCGACGUGGAAGUGACUGAAAGCGAAACGGUCCAUGAGCUCAUCGACAUGCUCCACGAGGAUAUUGUCAAACUGUAAGUCUUCGGGGCUCCAGACUACUGUCGCCUACCGUAAUCCGUAAAUAUUAAUACUGCAGUCGGGCGUCACAAAAAGAAAUCCGGUACUCCAGAAUCAGGUCAUUUUUUGAACAAUUUCUAAUCCCGACUAACUGGGGCGGAAUUUCUAACACUUUUUGGGCCAAAAACGUGAAAAGCAAAAACAUUUGGCAAUUUACAGACCGGAAGAGCAAGAGGAACAAGUUUGCCGGCAAGUUCAAUGCGAUUUUGAGAAAGGUUUUCCUUUUUCUGUUUUUUGAAGCCUUUUCUGACUUCCAACACGAAUUUGCAGCGGAUCUGUGCAAUUUCGAGUCUUCGCACGACGAGACCACUCGCCGACGCCUUCAGAAAUUGCGGAAAAGGGACCGGCGCUCGACGGUGCUCGGCGACGAUUUGCUCGCGGAGCAGUCCUCGAUCGCCGACGACCUGCUGCCGUACACGUUCCGCGCGUGGAGCAUCUGGGCCGGACGGCGGGCGGAUCGUCAAAAGCAGAUCGAUAUCGGACGUGAGUGAUUCGACUCGAAACUUUUCUGUAAAAAAACUGUAAAAAUCAGAGUUUCGUUGACAACAUUUGCAGCUCAAUUCGAUAAAUGAAUUUGCAGCCUCCUUCUCCUCGUCGAACCGUCACUUCUCGGCGGUGUUCCUCGAGCCGCAGCAGGCGGGCAUCCUCUCGGUUCCGCUGAUCCUCUCGGGAACCUCCACGCGGAUCCGUCUCCGUUUGUUCGAGGGCACACGCGGAAUGCGUCUGCGCGUCUGCUGCGAUCGUUGGUGUCCGAUGGAGACGGAGCCGGGCGUCUAUCGGGGCCAUCGGAUGUGGCUCCAGAAGACGGUGACGUGUCCUGCGAAUACGCAAACAGUAAGGGGAAAAAUUUGGGUUGCAGAAGAACAGGCGUUCGAAAUCGCCUGUUUCGCAUGUUCAAUGUGGCGGUUUUUCAAAACAGGCGAUUUCAGGCGCCUGUUCUGCAACCCUAGAAAGCAUUCUGAAAAAUUUAAAAAUAGGUAAAUUUGCAGCUCUCCUUCGAGUGCCUGAACGAUGGUCCGGAUCGCGGAGCUUGUGGAGUCGACGACGUUUUCGUCGAUUCCUCCAGAUGUCGUCACUUGUUCGACGGGCCGGAUCAAUCCUAA